AGGUUGCCGUGAGCGCUCGGGCAAGGCCCUGUCCGUUUCUGGGCCUCCGUCGCACCCCGGCCGCCGCGGUGCGAGGCCUCACCCCUCUGGUCUGCCGCAGGAUGGGCCUCUCCGCCGCGGCCCCGCUGUGGGGCCCCCCAGGGCUGCUUCUCACCAUCGCCCUGCACCCUGCGCUGUCGGUGCGCCCCGCCAAGGCUCCCGCGCCCCCGCACCGGGACUACUGCGUGCUGGGCGCCGGGCCCGCGGGCCUGCAGAUGGCCUACUUCCUGCAGCGGGCAGGGAGGGACUACGCCGUGUUCGAACGCGCGCCGGCGCCGGGCAGCUUCUUCACGCGCUACCCCCGGCACCGCAAGCUCAUCAGCAUCAACAAGCGCUUCACGGGCAAGGCCAACGCCGAGUUCAACCUCCGCCACGACUGGAACUCUCUGCUCAGCCACGACCCCCUGCUGCUCUUUAGACACUACUCGCAGGCCUACUUCCCCGACGCCCGCGACAUGGUGCGCUACCUGGGCGACUUCGCAGACAGGCUGGGGCUCCACGUGCUCUACAACACCACCAUCACCUAUGUCACUCUGGACAAGGAUCGACAGGCCUGGAAUGGCCACUACUUCAUCCUGACCGACCAGACGGGCCAGGCCUACCAGUGCAGUGUCCUUCUUGUAGCCACUGGUUUGUCAGUCCCCAACCAAGUUAACUUCCCUGGCUCCGAAUAUGUGGAGGGUUAUGAGUCCGUGUCUGUGGACCCCGAGGACUUUGUGGGUCAGAAUGUGCUGAUCCUGGGCCGUGGGAACUCAGCCUUUGAGACGGCAGAGAACAUCUUGGGGGUCACAAACUUUAUCCACAUGCUGAGCCGCUCCCGGGUCCGGCUGUCCUGGGCCACCCACUACGUUGGAGACCUCAGAGCCAUCAACAAUGGCCUGCUGGACACCUACCAGCUGAAGUCCCUGGACGGGCUGCUCGAGUCUGACCUGACAGAUCUGGCCAUCGUGAAGGAUCACGAAGGCAAGUUCCAUGUCACCUUGAAAUUCUUCCUGGAGGAAAACAAUGCCAACCAGAGUGCCGAUUCCAUCACCCUCCCCCAGGACAACAGUGACAACUUUGCCAUGCGUGUGGCCUAUGACCGGGUCAUCCGCUGCCUGGGCUGGAACUUUGACUUCUCCAUUUUCAAUAAGUCCCUCAGACUCAAUUCGGGGAAUCCAUUCGACAUGAAGUACCCGCUGAUCCGAGCCAGCUAUGAGUCCAAAGGGAGCCGAGGUCUUUUUAUCCUGGGUACCGCUAGCCACUCGGUGGACUACAGGAGAUCUGCUGGGGGCUUCAUCCACGGAUUCCGGUACACAGCGCGAGCCGUCCACCGGCUCCUGGAGCAUCGCCACCACGGCGUCGCCUGGCCCUCCACCGAGCUCCCCAUCACACAGCUGACCAGCUCCAUCGUCCGGCGUGUGAACGAGGCUUCUGGGCUCUACCAGAUGUUCAGUGUGCUGGCCGAUGUCGUCCUGUUGAAGGAGAAUGCCACCGCCUUCGAGUACCUGGAGGAGUUCCCCAUGCUGAUGCUGCCCCAGCUGGAGACCCUCACAGGGAGGAAGGCAAGGCACGGGCUCUUCGUCGUCAACAUGGAAUAUGGCAAAAAUUUCUCUGGACCCGACAAGGACGUCUUUUUUCACGACCGGUCUGUGGGGCACACGGAAGACGCCUGGCAGUCCAACUUCCUGCAUCCCGUCAUCUACUACUACAGACAGCUCCCCACCGAACAGGAGGUGAGAUUCCGCCCUGCGCACUGGCCCCUGCCUCGGCCCGCGGCCAUCCACCACAUCGUGGAAGACUUCUUGACAGACUGGACCGCCCCCGUUGGGCACAUUCUACCUCUGAGGCGCUUCCUGGAGAACUGUUUGGACACGGAUUUACGAAGCUUCUAUGCAGAGUCCUGUUUCCUGUUCGCCCUAACGCGCCAGAAGCUGCCACCCUUUUGCCAGCAGGGGUACCUGAGAAUGCAGGGGCUCGCAAGUACCGAGAGCCUUCGGCAGCACGGAGUGGAGAGCAGGCUCCUCCGGGACUAUGCUGCCGUGGGCAGGCACCUGGAGGACAGCAGCCAGCAUUCUGGCGACCAUGGGCCAGUAGAUGCCCUUCCGGAUCCAGGGCCUCCAGUCCAGUCCCUUGACAACAACAAGGAGGAGCUCUGAUGGUCCCCUCCCAGGCUGUGGGCACAGGGCCAGGCUUCCCCACCCAGCCACGGUCAGUCCCUGCUCUUUCCCCACAGCCUCACGGUCCCAGCGACGUGUGAUCACCAAGACCACUCAGCUCAUCGCAGCGACUGCCGCAUAGCAACACGGACGGCACGUAAGGGCUGAAAUGCGGUGAUGCGGUGGUUACCUCCCCUCCUCUUCUGGUCCCUGGGUGCCCAGGAGGCGGGGUCAGGAGAAGGGCAUCCCCUGCCAGGUGUGAGCUGCCUUCCACAGCCCCGCUUGUCCCCAGCUGCAGUGUCGCUGAGCACCAGGCCGGCCUCAGUUCUGUCCCUCUCGAGUGCCCAGCUGCUCCUUUUCCUGCUAAUCUGCUCUUCAGAUCGGCCUGGGUCCCUCCCCUGGAGUAACUCAGGGGUGAAACCCAUCCUCAUCUUCAUUAGGGUUUGUGGCAAGCCUUUAAAACAAGCUCUAAUGUCCUCAACAGCCAUAACAGGCAGGUGGGACUGUUGUCCCAGAAUACCGCUGAAGACACCAGCUCAGAGAUGUCGAGUAACUCUGGGUCCCCAGCCAGGAGGCCCUUCCUGUAUCACACUUUUGCCUCCACUGCCUCACCUGCCCCUGGCCCCAUUUUCUGCAGGGUUUGGACUUAGCUGUGGAUCCCAGAGGGGCCAGCCCAGCCUAUCUCCAUGGGCCCAGGGCUGUCAUCAGGCAGAGAUAGGACAGCUUCCUGCAAAGCCAUCUUAUCUAAGCUGCUCCCUUCCCCAGCUUGCACCUCCCCCAAGUCAUCUUCAGCGCUGCUCCCUUAGCUUCCCCUGGUGGCAUCCUGAACCAUG